AUGGCUGAAAAUGAGCAUCAUGAUAGGGAAAUGGGGAAUCAAAAUAGGACACUUAGAGAUUAUUUGCAACCUGUCAGAACUGGCACACCCUCAUGCAUAAUUCAACCUUUGAAUGCAAACAAUUUUAAUUUCAAACCUGGAAUUAUUCCAUUAAUUCCACAUUUUCAUGGCAUGGAUUCUGAGAACCCUUAUUUGCAUAUCAAAGAGUUUGAAGAGGUUUGUUCUAUAUUCAUGGACCGGACUUGCACUGAGGAGGUUAUAAGGCUUAAGUUGUUCCCAUUUUCUUUAAAAGAUAAAGCUAAAACAUGGUUGAAUUCAUUGAAACCUAGAACCAUAGGAUGGAAGAGCCACCCAAAUCUCAGUUGGACGGGUGACCAGCAUGUAGCUCCAACAACUUUGGCUUCGGGGCCCUCUCAACUCGCAAUUCAAGCACCUCCAAUGCAAAAGAAGGGACUUGAAGAUACGAUUCAGCAACUGAGUAUGACACUUCAACAAUUCAUGCAAGGUCAAGCAACACUCAACAACCAGAAUUCAUUGCCUCAUCAAGUGCAAGCAAUAAGUGAGGAUCCUAACUUAAAGUCGGUCAAAGCGGUGACUACUUUAAGAAGCGGUAAGGUGGUAAACAUUCCAGCACAUGAGCCAUACAAUUCUGGUAAGGCUUUUAACCCUUCUAAUAAAGAUGGAGAGCAUGUGUCUGAUGAGCAUGAGAAAAUUCAUUGUCCUAUACCUGCUCCUUUUCCUCAACGAUUAGUUCCGUUGCAUAAAGAUAAGCAUCUUGCUGAAAUUCUUGAGGUUUUUAGGCAAGUUAGGAUUAACAUCCCUUUGUUAGAUGCUCUUCAGCAAAUUCCUGCCUAUGCAAAAUUUUUAAAGGAUCUAUGCACUGUGAAAAGAAAAUUAAAUGUGCAUAAGAAAGCUUUCCUUACUGAGCAGGUUAGUGCUAUCAUUCAGAGUAAUACACCACCUAAAUACAAGGACCCUGGAGCACCUACAAUUGCUUGUGUAAUAGGAAAUUCAAAAAUUGGUCACGCUUUGUUGGAUCUUGGUUCAAGUGUCAAUUUAUUGCCUUACACUGUGUAUGAACAGCUUGGUUUAGGUGAACUGAAAUCCACACCUAUCAUUCUGCAACUUGCUGAUAGAUCAAUAAAAAUGCCUAGGGGUAUAGUUGAGGAUGUUUUGGUUCAAGUUGAUAAAUUUUACUAUCCUGUAGAUUUUGUGGUGCUUGAUAUGAACUUGUCAAAUCCAUCUACUUUCCAAGCUCCUGUAAUUCUUGGUAGACCAUUUCUUGCUACAUCUAAUGCAUUAAUUAAUUGUAGAAGUGGAAUUUUGAAAUUGAGUUUUGGAAACAUGACAUUGGAGCUUAAUAUCUUUAAUACUUGCAGGCAACCUCAGGAUUUGGAAGAAGUCCAGGAAGUUAAUUUGCUGGAAAAUAUCAUUGAUGAGGAUUUUCACUUGAAUCAUUCUUCCACUGAUUUACAAUUGUCAUUAGAAAGUAUUCUAAGUGAUGUGAAUAUACUUGAUGAUACUUCUAAUAUUUCUUUUGCAGGGAUUGGUCAUGAGGUGCUUUGGCAACCAAUGUUUGAAAAGUCGCCACCUUGGGCAGCAUCUAUAAAACCAUCUUCAGAUAACAGAAACCAUUUCAUUGGAGCACUCAGGACACUCGAAAAUUCAAAUCUGAGGGAUAGUUUGGACAAUACACAAUAAAGAUAUCAUUCAAGCGUGAAUGCACACAUGCAGCAGUCCAAACAUUCGGACAGCAGAGGAAAUGGAGAGGGCAGCCAAUCACUUAGGAAGAAAUUCACGCCGAAGGCUGCAGAGGAAAUCAACGCAGAUGGAGGGGCAUCUUUCACUUUAUUUUCUUUUUUUUUUUUUCGUUUGUCCUUUAGUGCUAGGGUAGUUUUUUCUUUGAGAGAGGCGUAUUUUAUUAUUUCUUUUUCGUUUUAGAGGGGACAGGGCUGGAGGUCUUUCGGUGGGAGACGGACAGCUAUUGGCUUGGGCUUGCUUUUUCGUUUUUACACUUGGGGCGGCUGGUCUUGUUUGGACGCAGCAGGGGACGGAGAUAGCAGCACGAGGGACGCAGCAGGGAGUGGAGAGUUUCAAUUUUCUUUCUUUCCGUUUGACUGAGCGGCCUGUUUUGGUUUUAUAUUUUUUACUUUUCAUAAGCUAGCGGCAGGAGUUUUCAUUCUUGUUUUCGUGUAGAUUCUAGCAGCAGUAGGAGAUUAGACUUAAGAGUUUAUUUUCUUUCUCUUUCGUUAGUUGUAGAAUGGAGCAGCUUAUUUUUUUAUUUUUCGUUCUUCUUCGUUUAAGACAGAAGCAGCUGGUAGACGCUGGGCGGCUGGUGUUUCUUUGACUCACUGCACUCUGUUUUUUCAGAGAGACCUUCGGACAGUAGCUUUAGUGUUAUUCCAUUUUCGUUCCAGACAGUGGGAAUUUUCGGUAGCCUUUUGGCAUGCUAUUUGUCUUUCAUCCAUUAGUUUUUCUUGCUU